AUGACCACAUUAUUCUGGUCACUGGUACUUCUUGGCCUCUCUAUCCCAGUUGUUGCUGGAAACUGUUGUGAUCGAUCCAGAGCCGGCUACGUGGAGUUCACCGACUUGGUUCACUACCUCCAUGACCAGCAGGCAAAUCACCAUUAUUUUAGUUUUGACAACAGCUCGGAUAAUUAUUUUGUGGAGAAAAAUGUGAAAAUUGAAUUCCGUCGGAACCACUACUUCUUGGAUGAUUACUAUGAGCCGUUGGAGAAUCGCACGAAGGUUUGCUUGUACAAGUUGUACCGGCAACAUGAUGAGAUUGAACAUAUGACCUUCAAAGACGGUACCCGCCCGAAACAACUCGUCUUCGGAUGCCAUGGCAACGAGGAGUGCUGUGAGCUCGGCUGCUGUCUUAUCCGUAAAUACACCUGGUUUAUUUUUAUCUACCCAUUCGUUGGAACCAUUUUAGCCCUCUCGUGUUUUGCCAGAAAGAAAAGGGAUCAACGGGAUAGAUUGUUGGCUCAAAUUGCUAGAGAAACGACUGCAGAGGACCAAAUUAUUGCUUGA